AUGAGGCGCAUACUCAGUACGAAUUUAUUCAGGUAUAUUACUUUAUUUGGGAGAAAUCUUCCGUCCCGUGUCUCUCUGACAGUGGGUCAGCAAAGCGUUUUUGCACCGCAUUUCUGCAGGAAAUCAACGACUGACAGCACAAGCAUGGACCUGAGUGACAUGAGGAAGAAAUACAAAGGAGACGAGGAGUGCUUUGAAGAGAGUCAGCUUGUGUCUCUGGACCCAAUCAAGCAAUUUGGAAACUGGUUUGAUGAAGCCACAAAGUGCCCUGAAAUCGGAGAGGCCAACGCCAUGUGCAUCGCCACUGCCACCAAGGACGGACGCCCGUCUGCUCGUAUGGUUCUCCUGAAAGGCUACAGCAACGACGGUUUCCGCUUCUUUACAAACUAUGAGAGCAGAAAGGGUUCAGAGCUGGAGACCAAUCCAUAUGCAUGCCUGGUCUUCUACUGGGAGCCCCUAAACAGACAGAUUCGCAUUGAGGGCAAUGUGGAGCGGAUCCCCUACCAGACCUCCUGUGAAUACUUCCACUCCCGGCCAAAGAGCAGCCAGAUCGGGGCUGUUGUGAGUCGACAGAGCACUCCUGUUCCCAACAGAGAUUAUCUCAGGGAGAAAAAUGCAGAACUGGAGGAGAAGUACAAGGACACAGACGUGCCUAUGCCUGGCUACUGGGGCGGCUACAUGGUCAGGCCUUACAUGAUGGAGUUCUGGCAGGGUCAGACCAACAGACUUCACGACCGCAUCGUCUUCACCAAACCCAAGGACGGAGAGUCUGAGCUGGGAGAGUUCCAGCACGCCGCAGAGGGAGGCUGGGUGUACCAGCGACUGUCUCCAUGAGAGGUACCUCAGCAGACUGUCGCAUACAGGGAAGAACAGAAACCUCAUCUAGAUUCUGACUCUAUCAUCACCAUCUUUACCUCACUUGAAGUAAUUGCUCAUCUGUACAGUAGGUACUGACAGAAACCAUUUGAUGCUGAUUAAAUAGGUGCUGCUGCUGUGUUUAGGAUUUAUCAACAAGCCAAACGUCACUGUGUCGUCCUUGAACUUAAACCAUGUGACGUUCUUUAUGUCGGGUCACAUUCUAAGUGGAUAAGAGCCGUGUGAUGUAACCUUACUGUGCCAACUUCACAUUUCCAUGCAUUAGGAAAUGAAAAUGUGCUGAACGGAAAGUGCAAUGACUGACACAGGAGAGCAAACUCCACGUGGUUUUGUUAAAUAAUGACUGACCGUAAUGUUGGUUAUUCAACAGUAGCUGUUGUCGACCUUUAGGACCAGGAAACUUUCUUAUUUUUCUAAAAGCACAAUCUGCACCACUGACUCUUCAGUUAUCCAUCAUCACUGUUAACUGUUGGUCCAUUUUCAGUGUUGAAAUAAUUGGCAACACUUUAUUUUACAGGUUUGUAAUUUCCUAAUAAUCUCCAAGAAAGAUUACAAGAAGUAGAGUUUGUAAUUUUGUACUAUUUAUAAGUAAAUGGAGAGUUUAGAAGCAGUUUCCUUUAAAAGAUUUGAUCCAUUUAAACCAAAACACAGCGUAUUUUCAUUCUUGGAAACUGUAUUCUACAUUUUUACAUGUUCAUCUGACUUUCUGAGCUCUUACAGAGGAUUAUCAAGGUUAUAUUAGCACUUAAUUGGAGGUGAAAUGAACAACUAUAAAUUGUACAAAAUGUUAGUCAUUUCUAGGAACCUUCCUAUGAAUAUUAUUUAAUUUCUUGGAUAUUAAAGGAGAAUAUUUGACCCAUACAGUAAGGUGUUUCCAGAUAAUUCAUGUAGCCUUUACAGUUGACUUAAAUUAACUAUAAAGUGAUUGUAACAGUCUUUGACAAUUGAUCCAACUGCCUUUUAAUAAUGAGAUUAAAAGAGCUGAUGAUGUUUUUUGUGCCAAUUAUCUUGUGUACGUCUUGUAUGGCCUGAAGGUGUGAUUGUUGUUUGUUGUUUACUGAUGAAGAAAUGUUUGUUUUUUUUGACUUGAAUUAACUGUGGAAUAAAUAAAGUUUAAUUUGUAACUCAGACCAAGUGCAUUGUGUGGCCAGCAGAUGUCAGCAGUAUGACACUUGCAGACAUCAAAGAUCAACAAAACAAAGUAACAGCGAGGCUCAAAAGAGGAAAUAUUCUCAUGCAUUAACAGCUGGAAAGAGGUUUUUUUUUUAUUUUUUUUUUUUCUCUAUGAAUAACUAGAGUGUAUCUGCAGUCAGUCUGUGCACUGACAUAAGGGAUUUGGUAUUACAAACUGCAGGAGCACACCAUGCGGUAUCAAAUGUCAGUGUCUGCUUACAGUCACCAUGCCAGCGAAAUCAGCCAACACAGGCUCAGGUGAAAUAACAAACUCGUCUCUGUCGCCUCAAAAAACAACGUCACCAACAUCAAGACUCUAAGUCACUUAAGUCAUUGAUCUACAUGUUCAAACAACUGUGAGAUAACUCACUGAGAGCACCUGCCUGCAGCCUCCUGCACAAAUACGCAGCACUCACUUCAUAUUAACACAUCAUGAUACAUUUAUUUAAAAACAAAAUACAAUUUUUUUUUUAAAGAUUCCAUAAAAGAUCAUAUAAACAGUAUAUUUUUUUAAUUUACCUUGUCUGCGGAGCAUCAACGAUGUCUCACACAGUCAUUAAAAUCAAGUCUCUAUUUGCUUUGGUCAUAAAAAUGUAAUAAAAAUUUACUGUGCUUUGGUUGCACACUACACAAACAUAUCUUCACUUGUGUAUUGAUUGAAUAAAACAUUUUUUUUUUUUUUUUUAAAAAAGGAAGUUUAAUUCUCAAACUCUACAUCUAUAAUAAUAAAAAAAAA